AAUCUUCCCCUCGCAACCCAACAACAACAAACGCCUUCCGUCUCGCCCAGUCACUGGGGAGUGGGAGGUGGGGAGGGGGACCAUGUCCCAGCGAGUGAGGCGCAAUGGGUCCCCCACGCCGGCUGGUUCUGUCGGGGCCAGUACGGUCGCCACGGCCGGGGGAGCCGGCAGCCGCCUGCAGCCCAUGAGGGCGACGGUUCCGUUCCAGCUGAAGCAGCAGCAGCAACAUGGCAGCCCCACGCGGAGCAACGGCGGCGGCGGCGGCGGCGGCAACAACAACGGCGGCUGCUGUGGCGGCGGCGCCUCAGGCCCCUCAGGCGGCGGCGGCGGCGGCGGGGCCCCACGAACCGCUUCACGCAGCACCAGCCCCACGCGCGGCGGCGGCGGGAGCACGGCCGCGCGCACCAGCCCCACGGUGGCCACGCAGACGGGCGCGUCCGUGACGUCCACGCGAGGCACCAGCCCCACGCGCGGCGCCGCGCCGGGGGCCCGAGGGAGCCCCCCUCGGCCGCAGCCUCCGCCGCCGCUGCUGGGUACCGUGUCGUCGUCGUCGCCGCCUUCCUCGUCGCCCACCCACCUGUGGACCGGCGAGGUGAGCGCGGCCCCACCCCCAGCCCGGGUCCGCCACCGGAGGAGGUCCCCGGAGCAGAGCCGAGUGUCCCCGGAGAAGAGGAGCCCGAGCGCCCCGGUUUGCAAAGCUGGUGACAAAACACGACCACCCUCGUCAAGCCCCUCCAGUAUUAUCCGACGCACUUCCUCCCUGGAUACACUUGCUGCUCCAUACCUUGCUGGACACUGGCCUCGUGACAGUCACGUGCAAGUCACACCUUGCAUGAGGGACAAAGCCACACAGACAGAGAGUGCAUGGGCUGAAGAAUACGCCGAGAAGAAGAAAGGAUCACACAAGCGCUCAGCAUCCUGGGGCAGCACAGACCAGCUGAAGGAGAUUGCAAAAUUACGUCAGCAGUUGCAGAGAAGUAAACACAGCAGUCGACAUCAUCGAGAUAAAGAAAGACAGUCUCCGUUCCAUGGCAACCAUGCAGCCAUUAACCAGAGUCAGGCUCCUGUUCCAAAGAGUACACUUAUUCCAGUAAUUCCCAUCGCCAAAUCAACAGGUUCCCGGUUCCGGAACAGUGUGGAAGGAUUGAACCAGGAGAUAGAAAUAAUAAUUAAAGAGACUGGGGAAAAGGAAGAACAGCUAAUACCACAAGACAUUCCAGAUGGGCACCGUGCCCCUCCCCCACUGGUGCAGAGAAGUAGCAGCACCCGGAGCAUCGACACCCAGACUCCCGGCGGGGCGGACAAGGGGAGCAACAACAGCAGCCGCUCUCAGUCGGUGUCCCCCACGUCAUUCCUCACCAUUUCUAACGAAGGCAGUGAGGAGAGUCCUUGUUCAGCUGAUGACCUGCUUGUUGAUCCCAGGGAUAAAGAGAAUGGGAACAACUCUCCUUUGCCUAAAUAUGCAACCUCACCCAAACCUAACAACAGUUACAUGUUCAAAAGGGAGCCUCCUGAAGGUUGCGAAAGGGUCAAAGUCUUUGAAGAAUGCUCGCCAAAACAACUUCACGAAAUCCCAGCUUUUUACUGUCCUGACAAAAACAAGGUGAAUUUCAUUCCUAAAAGUGGCUCAGCUUUCUGCCUCGUCAGCAUCCUCAAGCCACUCCUCCCCACACCGGAUCUUACCCUCAAGGGCUCUGGCCACAGCCUGACAGUCACCACUGGCAUGACCACCACUCUGCUUCAGCCUAUCGCUGUGGCCUCCCUAUCCACAAACACAGAGCAAGACCGGGUCUCUCGAGGAACAAGUACGGUUCUGCCAUCCGCACCUCUGCUGUCCCCACCAGAACCCAUCGAGGAAGCUGAAGGGUAGGACUUGGUGCCAGGUGGCCGUUUGAUCUGGAAACUGAACCUCCUCAGAAGGCUUGACUGAUGGGAUAGUGAGCGCCCAGUCAGCAGUGAUGUGACGGUGAGGCUCCUGGAAGAAAAGCAGCCCCUCUGACAGCUCUGUCCCACCCAUGAAGGCCAACCCUCAGCGCUCAGCCUGAGCUUCCACAAAAUCAAACAAGAGUGUCUCAUCCUUUACUUUUGGAGGGACAGUGUCACAUUGUUUUUUUGUUUUCAAAUUCGACUUCUUGGAGAAAAAGAAAAUAUAAACCCACAGAACCUGAUCUCUGUUAACAUGAUUUCUGAAGGGAGAGGUGAAUGAUGCUGCAAGAACCAUCUUUUAUAUGAAAACGACUAUUUUAUAAUACCAAUGUUACAUUUUCUGAAACGUAGCAAACAAGACAUGCAAACGAUUCCUUGGUGGCCUCUGUUUCCUGUAACCCUUCCUACAUGUGUGCAGCUUGGGACCAAAGGGAUUGUUGACAUUUCCCCCAGCAGUCUUCAUCUCAUGGCUGUGUUCUCCCAAACAAGAAUUGAUAGGUAAAUGCAUCAAACAAGUAUAUAUUAAGAGUUUUAAAAAAGAAAAGCAAUAUUCGUACAUUAUGUGAUUUAUGUUUUUGAUGUCAAAAGUUUGUGCUCUGGGUGAAAUAUUUGUAAAACUGCUAUUUUCUUCAUGACUCCUGUACACAUUUCACUAUGUGGCCAGAAAAAUAAUAGUCUGAAGACAAGUGCUUUAAUAUGUUCUCACCCAUUUUGGAAUUGGCCUAAGAGUCAAUGAGCCAAAAAGGAAACUAUCUAGUGUUGCUUGUUAGCUAGGAGUAAGGAGCCCUUCGGCCUUGUGUGAAGAAAAUCACGUGAUUGCCCUCCUGUGCCACAGGUAUCCUUCCACCCUUCAUCACUGUAUCAUAGCCCCAGAGAUCCUACAAUGGCUGUGCAUGGAUUUGCUCCUUCGCUUUCGUGAUGUCUUUGUCUUGUGGAUACGGUCGGUCAGGUUUAGUAGUUCGCCAGGAGUGUAAUCCAUUGAAUAGUGAUCCAUAGCCAGAGACCUUGAAACUUUUUGUUGAUGGUGAUUGACACCAAAAUUUCUUGCCUACAGGUUUUGCUAGUUACCCCGUUAUAGUCCACACACUGGGGAAGAGAGAAAAGGUUUGGGGUAUAAAACAACAGACACACUUGAAAACCCAGACAGUUUUGGAUUUGGACUCUUGGCUAGUGCAAAUCACUGCCAUUAUCUUGUGACAGUAGUGUUUGUUUCUGGAUAGGUAGUAGUGAAAUUAAGGAGUGGGUCUUAUAAGAAAUGAGUUUCAGAAGUGUUAAUUUAAAAAGGCAUCCUUUAAACACCAUAUUCUAACCUAUGAUGCAAUAAUUUGCUAUACAUAUAAUGGGCAGAAAAAAAUUUUAAAUCCUUGUAAAGGGACAUGUUUUGGAGAUUAAUGCAUCAACUUGUCCAAAAAUAUUCCAUUAAGGAAAAUUUAGUGGAAGAAAAAUCUUUUGAAAGGACUUCUUAUAUUGAUGCACCUUUAAAGCAGCAAAAUAAUUUUAAACAUACUCUGUAAAAUUAAAAAUUGAUGGUGUAUUUAGGUAAAUCAGGUAAAUUCAAAUAUCAAAAAAUCCCAUCAGGUUUUAGUUGGUAGGACUGAUAAAUUUUUGUACUUUUCCAUCCAAAGCCAGUUUACUUGGAACUAGUUUAACAUAGCAUCUAAACUAGUUAAAAGCUCACUUACUUUGAGUCUGCAGUUUCUGAUUGGUGUUUGGAGAGCCUGGCUUCUUGGCCUUCUUUGCUCUACCUUCGGGAAUUCCUACUUCACCUCCCAGUUUCUCCUUCGUCACCAGUACAGAAGAAAAAGUAAAACUGAGGUCAGGUGAGUUGGUGUGAGUGGAGAAGGUUGCUCAGAACCCAGGGCUUUUUGUUUGUUUUGUUUUGUUUCGAUUACUUGAGUUCUGUUAAGUCAGGGUUGUAUUCCUGACUGUGUGGGUUUCCUUUCCUUUGCUGACUCCAUAGU